AUGAUGACAGAGAUGAGGAUGACAGAGAGCAGGAUGACAGACAGCAGGAUGACAGAGAUCAGGAUGACAGAGAACAGGAUGACAGAGAUCAGACUGACAGAGAUCAGGAUGACAAAGAGAGAUCCGGAUCACAGAGAGAAAUCAGGCCCAACAGACCUGGACACAGGCCAGGCCCAGCCCCCCUGGACAAAGGCCCAGCCCCCCUGGACACUGGCAUGGCCCCCCUGGACAAUGGCAAGGCCCCCCUGGACACAGGCUAGGCCCAGCCCCCCUGGACACUGGCAAGGCCCCCCUGGACAAAGGCCAGGCCCCCCUGGACACUGGCAAGGCCCCCCUGGACACAGGCCAGACCCCCCUGGACACAGGCCAGGCCCAACCUCCUGGACAGAGGCCAGGCUCAGCCCCCCUGGACACAGGCCAGGCCCAGACACCUUGGACACAGGCCAGGCCCAGACACCCUUGGACACAGGCCCAGACACCCUGGACACAGGCCAGGCCCAACCUCCUGGACAGAGGCCAGGCUCAGCCCCCCUGGACACAGGCCAGGCCCAGACACCUUGGACACAGGCCAGGCCCAGACACCCUUGGACACAGGCCCAGACAUCCUGGACACAGGCCAGGCCCAACCUCCUGGACAGAGGCCAGGCUCAGCCCCCCUGGACACAGGCCAGGCCCUACCCCGGACCGAAAAAGCACAACUAA